GUAUCAGAUCCACACAGGCCUUCAGCACUCCAUCAUCCGAGCUACCCAGCCCAACUGCCUACCCCUGGAAAAUGUCACCUUGCCCCAGAAGCUAAAGCAAGCAGGCUACUCCACCCACAUGGUGGGGAAGUGGCACCUUGGCUUCUACAAGCGUGACUGUCUCCCCACACAGCGUGGCUUCGAUACUUUCUUCGGUUCCCUUCUUGGAAGUGGGGACUACUACAGUCACUAUAAAUGUGAAGGGCCUGGAAUGUGUGGCUAUGAUUUGUAUGAAGGCGAGGAGGCAGCUUGGGAACAGGACCGUGGAUUGUAUUCAACUGUGAUGUUUACCCGAAAGGCUAUCAACAUCUUAGCCAAUCACGAUCCUCGCAGACAACCCUUGUUCCUCUAUUUAGCCUAUCAGGCGGUUCAUUCACCGCUGCAGGUUCCGGCCCGCUACCUCGAGCGAUACAAGGGGAUUCCAAACAUGCAUCGUCGUAAAUAUGCCGCCAUGGUGUCGUGCCUGGACGAAUCUAUCCACAACCUCACGUUAGCGCUAAAGCGCUACGGUUAUUAUGACAACACGGUUAUAGUGUACUCCUCAGAUAAUGGAGGCCAGCCUUUAGCAGGUGGAAGCAAUUGGCCCUUGAGGGGAAGUAAAGCCACCUACUGGGAAGGGGGGAUCCGAGCAGUGGGUUUCGUUCAUAGUCCACUGUUGGUAAACAAAGGGACAAAAUGUCGGUCUUUGGUCCACAUCACUGACUGGUUCCCUACACUGGUGACUCUGGGUGAAGGGACUUUAGACGAAGAUCUAAAUCUGGACGGGUACGAUGUUUGGGAGGCCAUCAGUGAAGGCCAUCCAUCUCCUCGCCAUGACAUCCUUCACAACAUUGACCCAAUCUACACAAAAGCUAAAAAUGGUUCCUGGAAGGCCGGGUAUGGUUUAUGGAACACGGCCAUCCGAGCUGCGCUGCGAGUGGGCCACUGGAAGCUCCUGACGGGGGUCCCUGGUUACAGCGACUGGGUGCCCCCGCAGACCUUCUCCAACCAGCGGCUAACAAACCGCUGGCAUAAUGAGCGUGUCCGUUGGGACCGAGGUAAGUCCAUCUGGCUGUUCAACAUCACAGCUGACCCCUACGAGAGAGUGGACCUGUCCCAGCGAUACCCCCACUUAGUAAAGAAGAUGCUGCUACGGCUAGCGCAGUACAACAGGACUGCAGUGCCGGUACGCUACCCGGCCAAAGACCUGCGCUCUAAUCCUCAGUACAAUGGGGGUGUGUGGGGCCCCUGGUUCAAAGAGGAGAGGGAGGAACCAGAGGAAGAUGAGAAAUACAAUAACUUGCUCGCCAACCACCUUGGAAAAAGGAGGUGGAAAAAUCAAUCAAAUAACAGAAAGCUGAAAAGGAAGGUAGAAGAGUAGCCUACCACAUUUGUGAAAAAAACUUCAGUUGCCUUUCUCAGGGAUUGACACUUCCUGUCUCAGGAUUGUCCUCUUCGGAUGAUCUUACUCUAGCUAGUUUUAACUUGAUUCCACUACAUACUGUAUGAAAAAUAAUGCAAAUGGACCUAUUGAAAUGUGUCAAGAGAAUAAGAAAAAGACCCUCUCAUUCAAACACUGGCGUCAUGCCCAGACAAAACUAAGACCUCAUGUUAAUGUUAGGAGCAUUUAAAGAAUGUUCCUUUCUUCUAGAUUGUUUUGCAUGUUUGAACUGUUGUCACCUUUUGAUUGUUCUGUAGAUUUAUGUCCCAAUAAAUGUUCCUUGACAGUUGCCAUACAUCUUGGUGACAGAAAAAUAGAGUAAGACAUAGUUCUAUUAUGUUGUUGAUAGCUACGAUACAGUAUCGUGGAAACAGAUUUAUGUGAUGUUAUGUGUGUUUGAAUUUAGGUAUGUUGGUUUUAUAAGCACAGUCUGUCUAAAACUUGAGAAUAAUAGAUUUAGUUCCCUUUUAGAUGAUGUCUGGUCUGGCAUAAGGCCAACCCGAAGGUAAGACAAGCUAACAAAAUAAAAGCCCCAGACACAAAGCUCUUUGUUUCCAGCAAUCUUUUAGGCUGUCUGGUUUGCAUUUCAUGACAGAAAGAUUUACUUUAUUCUGAUGACAAUUACUAUUAGUGGUAACUGGAAAAUUUCAUUAUAAGAAGCUCACACGUCCACUUAGUAUUUAUUCUAGCCGGCUCCCGCCGUUCACGUAAAAGUUCGCAACCGACACAUCACUAAUUUAUUCAUGGAAAAUACAGUAAAUUCGCAUAUGACAGGAGAUGAAAACCUAAAUGCUUUAUUGCAGUCCCCAGAAAUGGCUGCCUGUUAUGGUGUGCUGUACAAUAAGUUGUGUUCUAAAAAAAAAAGAAAUGGAACUAUUCACGUGGAGUGAAAAUAACAAUCUGUAUAAAUAUAUUUCUCAUAGAAAUCUGUAUAGCCACCCGUGUCACAUUCACAAAGCUCAAAAUGUUGAUGUCUGUCUUGAGCUGUUCAUGAGUUGUGCAAGGCUUUGGUGUACUUUACAGGCCAAUUAGCUAUUUUAAUGACACUAAAUUACUUCUAAAUGUACUGUACUAUAAAAGAUUUAUAGUUCCCUAAAAAUGGAACAUGUUUUGUGCUGUUGUUAUUAGCUCCUAUUUGUCUUUUUAAUAAGCAGCUUUCAAAAACAAUACAAGGCUUUGGCUCUGUUACAAUCUGAGAUCUUGAAAUCAUUUUGAACACAUGAGUCAACAGGAGCUCCAGAGAGUGGGACUUUCCUAAGGCU